AUGGACACCUCAACUGGAAUCGGAGCACCCUUGGCCCUCACACUGUCCGAUGAUGGACUUUUUGCAACUCAUAUAAGCGGCAAAGACCUGCUUCUCUACUCCAACCCUGCUUCAGAAAACAAGAAGUUGCAUGUCGCAAGAAAUAAAGAGACUGUGGUUAAAACAGUUAGGUUUUCUCCGACUCGAGAUCUCACUCGACCGUCUAUUGAGCGACGUCUUCUCGUUGCCAGUGACUCCCGCAUUUCGGUCUGGCAACUAGAUCAGCUGCAGCUCUUCGCGGAGAUUGAAAAUCUAGAACCUGGGACCCUGAACACCGAAUUCGGUGCCUACGAGAAUGAGAUCCUUGUUUUCCACGCAUGGCACACCAAAAUGGCUAUUCACUCGCUAGAUACGGGUCACAGCUCAAUGAUCAAAUCACCGAAAUUUUCCCAUCACCUUGGGUUCGGAUACCGCCCGCAAACCAGGCAGUUCGCGAUCUUAUUGAAGCCAGAAUCAUCCGACCUACUCACGAUCCACGAACCUCAAUCAUACAGUCUCAUUAAUCGGGUUGUGCUCCCCACCUUUGACGCCCAAGGGCUGAAAUGGAGUCCAGACGGAAGGUGGAUUGCCGUCUGGGACGCUGCUAGCUCCGGAACCAAGGUGCUUAUUUUUACCGCUGAUGGACAGCUAUUCAGAACUUAUACUGGUCCAUCGGAGGUAGACGAGUCAUUUGAUCUGGGUGUCAAACUCAUUGAAUGGAGCCCUGCCGGCAAUGUCCGAGCCAGUGAUAUUCUCGCCAUUGGCAAAGUCAACGGCAACAUUGACCUUCUCCGAACAAGGACGUUCUCGUGCUCCACUACACUCUCGCAUGUUUUCCCAUCCGAUCAAAGCUCGGCCAAAAUAUGGCGCGAACGAUAUACAAGUGCCCUUGGGGACGCAGAGUACGCCGAGGCGACUAGCUCUUCUGCAUUCAACAUGAGUCCCGAGUGUUUAGGGCCACCACGAGGUGUACAAAUUAUGACAUUCAGCUCUGAUGGUACGAUGCUUGCAACCGUAGAUACUGCGCGGUAUAAUGUUGUCUGGAUAUGGUCCUUGAAUGGUACACCAAGACUAUUAUCCGCCUUGGUACAUGAGCAACCCGUUCGACAACUGGCAUGGCAUCCUUCCACACAACAGCUGCUUAUCAAUGCAAUUUCGAACAACCUUCCAACUAUACGGUGGUGGUCUCCCAAUGACUAUCCUGUGAUUGUCCAAGUUCCCACACAAAGAAGCGAAAGUGGGAAGUAUGAAGUGAAAUGGCUCGUUGGGUCAGAGAAUGACUCAGCCUUCUGGUUCGCUUCGGCGGAGGAGUAUGUGGUCGGAUAUUUGUCAGAAUUGGACGAUAAGGUUGCCUUUGAAGUUUUGAAUGCGGUGACUAGUCAAGGUUAUGGAGGUCAUACUGGCAGUAUAAGCUGA